AUGUCUCUCAUCAGCGAUCCCGAUUUUCUCAUCCAUAGUUUACGUCUGAACUACCUCCGCAACGUUGACGACCCGUACGGCCCCAGAAUCAUCUCUCUCGAUCCCUCUUACCAUUCCAAUCAAUACAUCGUCACGUCCGGCCUCGCGGAUGUCGAGCGAUGGCCAGAGCUCGCCAUGCCCUCGAGUCCCACCCCCAGCGACGACGAAUCGGGCGUUGCGAAUCGCCCCAAUCGUCACCUGGGGGCGACAGGACUCAAGUACACCACUACUAUCAUGGGCCCCUCCCGUGUUGGGACAAUGGGUCUUCGUGUCUCGGGAAAACGUGCUUCAUCCUCUAGGGCUUCGUUCAAAUACUCAGUACGUUCCGAAGGUGCCGUGAUGGAGCCCCAGCCAGAAGAACAAGAUGCCGACGUAGUACCGGUCGCUCCGUCUGCAUCGCCUAUGAAGCUUGAUGCCCUGGACCUCCCCGUACAUACCAGUUCAGGGGAUGGGACGACUCCUGUAGGCAAUCAUGCUGUUGCAUCGGAGGAUCUCACGCAAGAGCCAGCACCUUCGCCUCAAUUCAUUCCGAGAUUCAAAGGCGCUGCAGAAAUGGAGGCGAGACGGAAAUUGCGCAUGCUCGCUCGUGCGUCCCCUGGAGUUGUUGGCACUAAACCUCUCGCUGCUUCCGGGUACCUUGACCCGGAGCUAUCCUCGUCAGAGUCAUCGUCGUCAGAUGGGGAAGAUGACAUCAUUGAUGAGGAAGACUUCGACCUUGCAGCCGACGCCGACGACAGUAUGGACAUAGAUGGAGACGAAUUCGAUCCCGACUUUGCUACAAGUCAUGGCCCUAGCGGUCUUGGUGGUAUCAUUUCUGACAGCGUGUCGGACGACCUUUCUAUGUCGUCCGCUUCCGUCAUUUCCGAUUCCAACUCUUCCCUCGCUGAUUCAUCAUUGCAACCCAGCAACAAUGCCCGCAUUCAUGAUCAAUUGAGUCCUGUUUCGGAGGGGCGGACACGCGAGGAAAAGCUACCUGAUCGUCCUGAAGAAACAGCCCCGCUUUCAGGCUUCGAGAUGGUUACUCCAGCGCCGAAGAUUACCAACCGUGGCCGUGCAGGUGUGGUCACAAAUCCUGCCAAGCAUUCGUCUAUGUUCCCCGACUCGUCGAGCCCUCCUUCCUCUGCACUGUUUGCCCGUCGGCCAGUUCCACCGGCGGCCCCUGGAAAGUCUGCAUUGACGGCAAUGAUGGCUGCCUCGUCGACGUCUUCGUCCUCGAAUCCCUUCUCUGAGCUUUACAGCGCUAUUUCCGGAAGGUCCGAGUCAGAGAGCAUGACUGUGCAUGUAUACUUCCCCCAUUCACGUGAGCCCGCUGGACGGAUUCUUGACCUGAAAGUCAGGAAGGAUGCAACCGUGGAGGAGGUCCUUGGGUUUGCACUGUGGAGUUACUGGGAAGAAGGGUGGCUUCCCGAGCUCGAUGAAGGUCUUGAUGGGGAAGAGGACCCAAAGUGGGUGACUAAGUGUUCCGCCAUAGGCUGGAUCUUUCGAAUUGCUGAGGAGGACGGAGAGGUAGACGAGGAUUUUCCUCCGCCUGAUCGUACCGGCAAGAUUUCCAAAUUCAACUUCGAUGCAUACGCCGUUCUGGAAGCUACUCCGGCUCAAGUGCAACAAAACAAGAUCCUGGAAUCAAAGAUUCAACGUCGCGCCUCCCGCGUAGUGAUCAAGAAGAAGAAAUCCGCGGGAUUGCUGAAUCUCACAUCCACGCUUGCUCCUCCGACGGACUCUCUGAUAGGGACCAGUGCCGGAUUGAGUUCUCUGGGCUCCUCUUUGGGGAUGUUCCCGAGUUCGCUUGGACCGUCGACUAGUCAAGGACCUCCGAUCUACCUGAGGUGCAGAAUCGCUGAUACGGCUGAUGCAGGCCACGUCUCGACAACCAUCCAAGCAUCGGGCGGCAUGUACAUGGCCGAAGUCCUCGAGGGCGUGUGCCAAAGGCGCAAGUUGAGUGAUUCGAAGGACUACGCGCUCAUUCUCGACCUCGGCACCACAAAGGUAUACAUCCCUCUCGACCGCACAGUCAGGAGCCUGCAAGGCAAGCGGGACUUGAUUCUGAUGAAGAAGGGUAUGUUGCCAUCGAUCGGGGUGGAGAUGGGCCAGGGAACGGAUCGAACUACCGAUCCCAAUGCCUCGAUAUUGAAGCGCAACUCUGAGGUUCCUGAACAACCAUUCAGUUCGCUGUUCGAUUACACAAACGCAUACAGGAAAUACACUGUCUAUCGCAAAGUGCCUAUGCUAGUGACACGUAGUGCUCGUCUACUCGCCAUCGACGGUGGUUACAUCCACAUCAUGCCCUUAUCGAACAAGGCCAAGCACGUAUUCGAGAGUGGCAAGACCGCGUCAUAUCCUCUUAAGAGCGUUGUUGCUUGCCAGCAAUCAAGCAACAACAGCUCGUCAUUCAAACUGGUCGUGCAGCGCGAGGCGGAUCGCAACAAGCGCUACGAAUUCGAGACCGAGAACCCCCAGACGGCCAGUGAGAUAGUGCAGACUAUCCGUAGCUUGAAAUUGGCGAUGGAGCGCCCUGGUACGCUGAAGCAGUCGCGGAGGAGCAAGCAUGUAAAUAAGGAAGCUGCGCAGGCUUAUAUGUCGUUGAACAGAUGA